AUGCGGCUCAUCACAACUGCCACGCUCUUGGCUUCUGUUCUGGGCCAUGCUUAUGCUGACGAUGGCGCCAGCAGCCUGUCAUCGGCCUCAUCCGAAGUAGCGGCCAUUCGCAGCUUUUUCUACACUGGCGGCGGCUAUGCGGACGAUGGAGCGGGUGGGCACAUCUAUCGCGAGCAGAUGUACGUCGAGAGGCUUCAGCCGGCCAAGGGAGUCAGCCGAGCAACGCCCAUUGUCUUCAUCCACGGCCAGGCCCAGACAGGCACAAAUUUCCUAAACAAACCUGAUGGCAGUCGAGGCUGGGCAUCCCAGUUCCUCGACCAAGGAUAUGAAGUCUACCUCGUUGACCAGACGCUCCGAGCGCGUUCUCCGUGGCAGCCCGCCUACAUGGCAGCCAUGCCGUCCACUUACUCAGCUGAGAUAAUCCAGCAGCGUUUCACCGCCGUCCAAAACUACAAUCUGUGGCCACAGGCCGCCUUGCACACUCAGUGGCCGGGCAAUGGCUCCAUGGGCGAUCCCAUCUUUGACACCUUCUAUAGCUCCAACGUCCAGUUCAUCAACAACGCCGUCUACCAGCAGACCACGGUUCAGAGCGCCGGUGCGGCGCUGUUGGACAAGAUUGGGAAGCCCGUGAUUCUCGUUGGCCACAGCCAGGGCGGCAUCAUGCCCAUUGUCAUUGCCGAUGCUCGUCCCAAGCUCACCAAGGCCCUGAUCCUGCUGGAGCCCACCGGGCCUCCUUUCCGAGAAGCCAUCUUCAGCACCACUCCCGCUCGUGCCUGGGGACUGGCUGACAUUAAGCUCACCUACUCACCCCCUGUCACCGUUCCCGCUGUGGACCUCGUGCAGCAGAUCUAUCCUGCUCCUGAUCAGAACCAUACCGAUUGCGUGCUCCAGGCCUCUUCGCCAGCGCCACGGAAGCUCUCGAAUCUAGCUAGCAAGCCUAUUCUGUUUGUCACUUCCGAGUCGUCCUAUCACGCACCUUAUGACUACUGCACAGUAAGCUACCUCAAGCAGGCGGGCUGCAAUCAAACCACCCACCUUGAACUUGCAAAGGCGGGAUUCCACGGCAACGGUCACAUGUUUUUCAUGGAGAAGAACAGUGACCAGAUUCAGCAGACGGUGCAGAGUUGGAUUGCCAAGUUGGCCUGA